GAAAGAUCCCCGUUACUGACUGUCUACCGCUCACCAUUCUACCUGCCUCAGCCCGCCACUUGUGUUCAUACUUUGCAUGUUUCCAUCAGCCACUUCUUCGUAGGCAAUGCCUACUCACUAGCCUCAUCUCUUGCUGGUCUUUCUUUGCCUUCGUCUUCCAACCCUCGACCGCGCUUUCCAAAGUAUACCUUACCAUAACACCUGCCUGUCCACUGAUUGCAUCUGCAUCGCAUCGCCUCCUCUACCACCGAUCAAGCUCUGGCUGAUAGAAGGUACCUUUUCUCGUGCCAUCCUACCUACCUAUUGCACCUAUAACCCCCCUAACCUAUGAAUAAGGUCUUUCCUUUAUACUGGACAUAGGGCAUCAGAGUAGCGAAUCCAGUAGGUGUGCUGCUUUGGCCACCUACCUUCCUGUUCUCAGCCACGAGUUUAGGUACGGCUUUGCUCUGCCACUUACUUACCUACACACACACACACACCUCCCUCACCUUUGGUCGCCUUUCCUUCAUCGAUCGAUCCAACCCGGUACACACACCACACCACCACGGGCCCAGACCUGAGAAUUGAGGAAUUCCGAGGCUGAAGUGCCCAUCUCCAGUCUCCUCUCUCUUCACUUGUUGUUGCACUUUCGAUAGACGAUACGGCACAGAGCACGCGAAGCUCUCUCGCUACAACCCAGCGAUCUCUCGACGUCUACCUCAGCUACCUUACCUUACGGUUUGGCCAAGGUAGCUUUACCCACCUCACCUUGCCACGAGCUCGCCCUGCGCCCUCAGCUUUCGAUUUCCCAUUUCCCAACCCCGGCCCACUGCCACCAAAUCUCGACCCGUCCGCGCACAAUUGCAUCCCACCCCGACAUCCCCAUCCCGCACGCCCCUCUUCGACGACCGAAUGAUCGAGUAGACGAAUCCUACGCACCGCACUGCAAGCAGGGGGAGAGAGCACCCAUACAAGGGAAAUUCUAGAUCACGGCGAGCCUCUGCGCUCUUUCUUGAAUCCUUGGAGUUUGGUUCUAAUUCUUUCUCACCAACGUUUGCACCACAUUUGCAUUACACUCCUCUCCAGUCCCCCUCAUUCGCCUCUUCAUUCAAGGUUCACGCGUACUCUUGUAUCCUUGCAUCUCACCAGCUGGCUCAACACAUUACUCUACGCGCCUUCGCUCCAUGCCAAGUAUCACUGAUUACGGACCUUUGAGCCUCUUCCGGCGAGGCCUCAUUCACAUAACUGCGUCGGAGUUGAUAGACUUUUAGGUCUUUUUUGCCAUAUUCAACCGAGGACAUGGACGCCCCGUCCGACGCACGGCGGCCCUCCGUUUCCUUUGCCAGCCGCUCGACGACAGACUCCUCGGAGGCGACUCCCAUCCCCAGCGUCCGUUCCGAUACUGUCACGCCGCACAUGCCAGACUCGUCUGCAGCUCCUACUCCCGUCUCCGUCAACGCUCCCCUGAGCUGUUCCUCAUCAUGGAGUGCUAAUUCUGAUCGCCAACUCGGCCACACUGCAAGUCCCGAUCCCUCGGAUCGCGUUUACCCGAUCCGCUCCGUCGUGCGCGUAGAUCGCACCGGCAGAACCUCUGGCGAGCAUGACUACUUCCCCAGAGUACCCGACCAUGGCCAAUACCAAGCCCCCCGUCCGAGCAAUCCUCGAAUCGAUACCGCCGCCUUCGAAGCUGUUCCUCGUCGCGAUUCUGCGUCCACGCCGCUAUCCAAUGUCACCUCGCCUGGCGAUCGACAAGGAAUCCAAGCGAGGAGGAAGAACGCCGGGUCUGGCCCCAUGUCCAGCGUUCAAGCCGAUGCCGCACGUCACAACACCUCGCAACCGCUGGAUAUAUUUCAAGAUGUUGCUUCAGAUGCUGAAGAGGACUCACUACCCGGCGAUGAGCAUUCGCAAAACCAGGCAUCAUCUACCAGUGCCCUUGGAGACUCGGCUACCGAUACUCUCCUGACAACGCGCUUCAAAUACGUCAUGACAGAUGAAGGGCAUCAUGUCAUCACAGGUACCGACGGUGUAUUACAAACUUGUGAGGAUGAGCCUAUCCAUACCCCGGGAGCUGUGCAAGGAUUUGGCGCAUUAGUGGCCAUUCGCGAAGAAAGCCACGGCCAAUUCUCUGUUCGCUGCGCCAGCGAGAACACGGAGAAAUUGAUUGGAUACUCUCCUCAGCAGCUUUUCCGACUUAAAAGUUUUCUGGAUAUAUUGAGCGAGGAGCAGCAAGAUAACCUCCUAGACCAUAUCGACUUCAUUCGCGACGAAGACGCAGACCCAGCCAUAAACGGACCCGAAGUCUUCAGUCUAUCUAUCCGCCCCCCGAAAAAGAAGAGUGUCAAACUCUGGUGCGCAAUUCACAUCAAUCCCGCGCAUCCAGAACUCGUCAUUUGCGAAUUUGAAGUCGACGACGAUCAUCAAUUCCCACUACGACCCCCGGAAGAGGCCACGCCGAUGACCCCUGAAGAUACCUUGCAAUCAAAUCCCACAUCGGAAGAAUUAGCGGAGAGCACCGAAAUCUUGAGCAAGCCAUUGAGGGUGUUGCGAAGCGCACGCAAACGCCGAGGCGACGCUGGUGCUAUGCAGGUCUUCGAUAUCAUGUCCCAGGUUCAAGAGCAACUUGCGGCGGCCAUAAACCUGGAAGGGUUUCUCAAAAUUCUGGUGGGCAUCGUCAAGGAACUGACAGGGUUUCACCGGGUCAUGAUAUAUCAGUUCGAUUCUUCGUUCAACGGAAAAGUGGUUACGGAACUCGUCGACACCUCGCACACCAAGGAUUUAUACAAGGGUCUGCACUUCCCCGCCUCGGACAUACCGCGACAGGCUCGCGAGCUGUACAAGCUGAACAAGGUGAGGCUCCUAUAUGACAGGGACCUGGAAACCGCACGUCUGGUCUGCAGGGCGAAAGAAGACCUCGAGGUACCUUUGGACCUCAGCCAUUCUUACUUGCGUGCCAUGUCACCCAUCCACAUCAAGUACCUGAAGAACAUGGCUGUACGGUCAUCCAUGUCGGUGUCUAUUAAUGCCUUCAACGAGCUUUGGGGUCUCAUUGCCUGCCACUCAUAUGGCCGGAAGGGCAUGCGUGUCUCCUUCCCCAUCAGAAAGAUGUGUCGUCUAGUGGGAGACACCGCGUCUCGCAAUAUUGAGAGGUUAUCAUACGCUACUCGACUGCAGGCCAGGAAACUCAUCAACACGGCACCGUCAGAGAGCAAUCCUUCGGGUUACAUCAUUGCUUCAUCCGACGAUCUUUUGAAAUUAUUCGAUGCUGACUUUGGCAUGCUCUCGAUCCGAGGGGAAACGAAAAUUUUGGGCGAUCUCGAGCAUUCGCAAGAAGCGUUGGCCAUGCUAGAAUAUCUACGCUUGCGGGAGCUCACGUCAGUGGUCACCUCUCAGGACAUCAAAGAGGACUUCCCAGAUCUGCGAUACCCUCUUGGAUUUACCGUAAUCGCAGGCUUGCUGUAUGUUCCGUUGAGUGUCGGAGGUAGCGAUUUCAUUGUCUUCUUCCGCAAAGGCCAAGUCAAAGAGGUCAAGUGGGCUGGAAACCCUUACGAAAAGACUCUUCGCGAGGGCACUCAAGCCUAUCUCGAGCCUCGGAAAAGUUUCAAGACUUGGCAUGAGACUAUACUUCGGAAAUGCCGAGAAUGGUCAGAGGAACAAGUUGAGACAGCUGCCGUUCUCUGUUUGGUCUACGGCAAAUUCAUUGAAGUAUGGAGACAGAAGGAGGCUGCAUUGCAAAGUAGCCGACUGACGCGCCUCUUGCUGGCGAACUCAGCCCACGAAGUACGGACGCCGCUGAAUGCCAUCAUCAAUUAUUUGGAGAUCGCGUUGGAGGGUUCUCUCGACCAAGAGACGCGCGAUAAUCUCGCCAAGUCGCAUUCCGCUUCAAAGUCACUCAUCUACGUGAUCAACGACCUGCUCGACUUGACGAAAACUGAGGAGGGCCAGAAUCUGAUUAAAGACGAAGUAUUCGAUUUCAGCAUGUGCAUCCGAGAAGCGACAGACCCGUUCACCAACGACGCCAAGAGAAAGGGCAUCGAGUAUCAGGUUAUAGAACAUCCUGGACUGCCACAGCACGUAUGCGGUGACAGCCGACGCCUCAGACAAGCUAUUUCGAACGUUGCAGCCAAUGCAGUGCAAAACACAUCCAGUGGAUCGGUCAGAGUCGAACUAUACGUCAGCGAGGUCCUCGAACGACGAGUACGCGUCGAGAUUGUUGUUGAAGAUACAGGCAAAGGAAUGACGGCUAAGCAGCUCGACACACUGUUCAGGGAUCUCGAGCAAGUGAGCGUCGAGACCGACGAAGUCAGCUCCAUGUUCCCAGAUGAUGACGAAGCGAGCAAAGACUCUAGGAUAUUGGGUCUGGGCUUGGCCGUCGUUGCUAGAAUCGUCCGCAAUAUGGAUGGCCAGCUACGGUUAAAAUCGGAACAAGGGAUCGGUUCGAGAUUUGUGAUUCAGCUGCCGUUCGACCUGCCUGGCGAUGUGCCUGUGCCACCGGAGGGCGGUCAGAAGUCUGCAAAGUCGGACCCUACUUCAAGCGUGGCUUCUGUCACAACGGCAACUGUACCAGAUAACGAAGGCGAGAUGAUGCUCAUCGAUCGCGGCAGCAAGAUAUCGAUGGUUGAGGAAGGCGGGACAGAUGCUCUAGGUUCCGAGACGCGAAGCUUCGAAAGUAUGAAGACAGCAGGUACGGGAGGAAGCAAAGUCAGUGGCCAGAGCUCUAGAAGUGAUGCAGAUCGCUUGAUCGACGCAAUUCAGACGCCACUUUCUAUUGGCGAAGCUGACAUGAACCGACCGUCGACUAUGCGACAGCAGUCUUGGGAGUAUUCGCAGAGACCGAGGUCUUCGGAGAGCCGCACUGCUGGAGCAUCGACUGCGAGGCGCAUGGAAUCCCCUACCUCGCGUCGAAGCAACCCCAGCAUCUCAAGCAUGGAAGCCUCCAAGCCUUCAGAGGUUGGGUACGCGACAGUUACAGAUGCGAAAACGCCCAUCAGAGCUGUCAAGGUGCCAGAUGAGUACGUUGAUGAGACAUCCGUACCACCACAGUCACAGCAAAGCGACUCCUCACGAUUUCUCUUUGAAGUCAGUAGUCGCUCAAAGCUAGGCGGUGCAUCGGAAGCUGGCACAAUCGGUAGCACUGCCGGCACCGCGCCAAGCGUUGUUUCGGCUUUCGACGAUACGAAGCUCCAAGUCUUGAUCGCGGAAGACGACCCUAUCAAUUCGAGAAUUCUGCGAAAGCGCCUAGAGAAAUCUGGCCACCAGGUUUCCCAUGCUGUCAACGGCGAGGAUUGCGCUACUGUCUACAAGGAGAGGCCUGAAACCUUCGAUGUGGUGUUAAUGGACAUGCAGAUGCCGAUUGUAGAUGGCCUGACAAGCACAAAGAUGAUACGAGCCCACGAAAAGUCCAGCGACCACGGGGGGCACUCAGCGAUCGCAACUCACAACGGCCGUAUUCCAGUAUUUGCAGUUUCUGCAUCUCUGAUUGAACGAGAGAAGGACAAAUACAUCGAUGCCGGAUUUGAUGGGUGGAUUCUCAAGCCUAUUGAUUUCAAGCGACUCAACACGCUUCUCUUGGGAAUUGUGGACGAUGGAGUGCGCGCAUCAUGCUUAUAUGCAUCUGGACAAUGGGAGAAGGGCGGCUGGUUUAAUACUAGGAACACUGAGGAGAGGAAGGACGACGACGUGCCAACACCUACAGUGUCCCCGGCGCCUGUAGGCAUGGACACGUCUGCGGAGACCACAACAGAUGGAAACACAGAUCCACCGCCAGAGGUGGAGGUUUCCAGCUAAAGUCGUCAGUAUCUGGCUGGCAGCCGGCACUGACAGUCGACACCGGCAAAGCGCAGCAGGAUGUACUGUUCGACGGCCUCUCCUACAACUUUUUGGGAAGACAUUGUAAACGGAUAUCGGCCGUGGAAACAUCGGCUACUGCUAUCUGUACAACGGCAAGAUCUUGACGAACCUUGCUGUUUAAGAUGCUUUGCAAAGCUGGCAUUCAGCCGAGCAGCGAGGAAGGAUGAUGUCAAAGAAGACAUUAGCGACACUACCAUGACGGCUCUUGGCGAAUAUGGAGUUCAUGGGUGACUCAAAGGAACGGGUUCAAGACAGGACACAAGCUUGUUGAAAUAUGAUGAAAAUAGAUUUCAGGGGAAAACGGCAAUGAUACCAUGGCAAAAGCAUACGGAUUGCAUGGGGAAGGUUACCCAGGGGGGC